ACGGGGCUGCGGCGACGUUGCCCUUUUAAGAGCCAGCCUCCGUUAACUGUCUCUUAACGGGGCGUCCCGGCGGGGCUCGCGGCGCCCGCCUGCAGCCCGCCUCCCCGUGCGGUACUUCCGGACCCCGCCGUCGCCCUUUUAAGAGGCAGCCCCCAGCAGCGCCCUCUCCCGCCCCUUGUUGCCGGCGCGAGAGGCGGGGGAACCGGGCAGGAGAAGAGAGCGCUGUCCGCGCGGCCACUGGAGACCGGGCGGCCGGCGGCCGGGCAGGCGGCGGCGGCGGCGGAUGGGGACUCGGAGCCGGGCGACUGUGGCGGCUGUGGCUGUGGCGGCGGCCGGGAAGCAGCUGACGGGCCGGCGGCGGCGGCGGCGCUGGCGGCGGUGACUGGUCCAGGCCCCGGCGGCGGCUGCAGCGACGCGGUGGCGGGCUGCGGGCUGGCGGCGUGAGGAGCGGCGGCGGAGAGCCGAGUGGCCGGGAACCGAGGGCACCGGGCCGCCCCUUGCCCAGUCCUUGCAGGCCGCCAGGCCCCCUCCAGCCGGGGCCGUGGAGCACCGGGGCAAAGGCCGGGGCCCUCCCAUGAAGGAGCGCGACGCGGCCCCGGCCGAGCGGGGCAAGCCGGCCACCUACACCGGGGACAAGAAGGCGAAGAUGGCGGCCAAGACCAACAAGAAGUGGGUCCGACUCGCCACCGUGUUCGCUUAUGUGCUCUCCGUGUCGCUGGCCGCCAUCGUGCUCGCCGUCUACUACAGCCUCAUCUGGCAGCCGGUGGGCGCCGGGACCUCGGGAGGAGCCGCCGGCCCGCCCCCCGGCGGCUCCAACGCCACCGGCCCGUCCGGGACUUCAGGGGCGGCGGCUGCGGCGGGGCCCAACACCACGGGGUCGUCCCGCCGCGAGGCGCCGCGCGCCGCGCCCCCGCUGCAGGCGGCGCGGCCCAUGUCUCCUGAGCCUUCUGCCGACAGCCCCCUGGCCGGGCCGCUGGAGCAGCCGCAGGGGGCCGAAGAGGACGAGAAGGAAGCGGCGGCGGCGCCCGGGAGUCGUUGAACCCCUCCGUGCCAGGGGUGGCCGGAAACCAUCCUCCCCAAGCCCGGAGGCAGGACUUUGCAGCAGGACCGGGCGGGGAGCCCGCGGGAGUGACCCCCACGGGAGUGAACGCCUCCCUUCCCCCGACGAUCGCGCGUUCGCCGCAGGGACGAGGGGCCUGAAGUUGGAUCUUCAGCCAAGGGACCACGAUUCUCCGGGGGUUCGGGGUUUUGUCUUCCUAGGACCGUGCUGCGCCAGGGCCCUGAGCCAUAAGGGGGAUGGGGGGAAGGGUGGGGAGAUCCCAGCACCGAACCCUUCUGCGCCGCUGGCUCUUCGGUAUCUUACGUGGAGGGGUGACUCGGGCUUUCCCCCAAGACUCAGGGGAAGGAGGGAGCUGUAGGGGCUCUUCUUUAAUAAGCCGAAGCUCUCGCAAGGAGGAGGGCACCAAAAGUAGUGGAGCUCAGGUACGUCAACCUAGUUGCAGUGGCCACAGAUGCAUUUAAUUUAUAGAUCCCUGUAUAUAGUUGUUGACAUAUGCACUAGAAACUAUAAUUACAUAUAACUACAUGUAUCCUCCCACACCCUGGGUAGCUACUGACUGAUGGAUGGGGCUAAGCAAGGGCUAUUUGCUGGCCCCCAAAGUGCAGCUAGCCAAAAGGGCACAAACACUUUUUUCAUUACCCACUCUUUCCCCUUUUCCCCCUCCUGUUUCAGAAAGAUAGAUUUAUGACAUGAUAGGGUUAGAGAAGACAAAAGUAUAAUCAUUCUUAAACUUGUUGAAAGGACAAUGGAAAACCUUUGGAGAAGUAGAAGCAGUUCAGGGAGGGUGGGGAAUGUACUGAUCCCCUGCCCUCCUCUUCCCACCUUAGUGCCCCCACCUAAGAGGCUUUCUGUUUCAGCCCUAAGUAUCUGGAUAUGGGCCAGGGAAGAAGGAAGGGAAAAAGCAAUGCCUCUGUGCUUCACCCCUUGGCCUUCUCACAGAGUUCUUUUAGGAAGAGCAAGCUUUUGUAAGUAGAGUGGCUCACAAGUGUUUUAUCUUUUUUUUUUUCCUGCUCUUCAAGAUCUGGUCUCGUUUCAGUAAUCACCUUCACCUUCCCUCUUCCCUGAGCCUGUAGUGACAGUGUAGCCCUGUGAUUAGGACGAAAUCUGUUGUGAAACCAGAGCUUUGAGCACACCCUCUGGUUAUGAAUUGUACUGUGGAACGCAAAAGGCCGAAAGGUGGGCUUCAACCUCAGGAUUGUGUUUGGAUAGCCAGAUAAUAGACCAGCCGUAGGAAGGUUAAAUUGGCUUGUAUUUACCUCUCCUGAUAAGCUCUACUUAUAUGCAGCCUAUACUUUUAUUGAGAUGAGAAACAUCGAGUGAAAUGACAUAUGUAGAGCUAGCUCUGGGGCAGCAAGAAUUAUACAUCCUCAAUUUGGAUUCCGUUUCCUUCCGCCACUUGUUUUUAGGCAGUUGAGUGUGGGUAGUGACAAGAUAUCAAACCCCUUCGUGUUUCCUUUUUGGGAAAUGAGGCACUUUAAAACAAUGACAACAACAACUUGUCCACCUGAGUCCUGAAACAAUUUGUCUCUCCAGUUUUCUGACUUACACUCCAGUUAGCUCUGACCCAAGUUUACAGGACAACAGCCUUGCUUUAAUCCAUGUCCUGGUGUGGGCAAGAUAAUAGCAGUUGAGCUAUCAUAGCCUAGGGGCAGGCUGCUUGCACCCCCAAGGUGUAUUGGUUGAAGAUUUCUGAGCACUUCGGUCAUUAGGAAGCCCUGAGGCCUUUUUAAAUUUUUGGUGAGGGCCUGGGGGAAGAAACAUAAAAUGCCACUUUAUAACUUAAAUAAUAGCCUGUAAUUUAUAUUUACUGUGUGAAUUUUUAGUCCUAUAUUUUAAUAAUUUGUAAAUCGAUCUCUUAUUCCAAGAAUCCUUUGAACUUGCAAGAGAACAUCUGGGAGUCCAAUCCCCUGUCCCCAUCCUGACCCCUGCAUUCUGGACUGUUUAAUCCACUUUGGGAUGGAUCAGAGUCUAGAGAAACCACUCGUGGGUCCAGCUGCUGGUCUCCUGACUCUAACGCCUUCACUGGAAUUGGGACAUUAGCUCCAGCUCUAGCUGUGAGUGUGACCAGAGACAUUAUUUAUAAUUCAGCCAUUUAAGAUAUACCUGUACUCAAAAAGUCCUGUAUAUUUUUUAAAAGUUUUAUUUUUCAGGUGAACAAAAAUACAUUCUAAGAACUCUCUGUCAGCCUGUGUAAGUCGAUCAUUUCUCUCUUCAUGCUUCUUGGGGACGGAGUAGAGGUGACAGUCUGAGGUGUGGUGACGGGUGGUAAUGAAUAAGG